AUGGAACUUAUAUCAAUGUACGUGUGCCGAUUGCUGACGCUCCCUGAUAUCGUAACAGAAAAGGAAAGCUCUGCUGGUGAUUCGAGGAUUUUACGAGAUGCAAUAAGCAGACCCUUAGGACUCAAAGUGCCUAAAGGAUGCUACUACCUCUGUGACAAUGCAUACGCCAAUGCUGAAGGUUUCUUAACACCAUACAAAGGUGUCCGUUAUCAUCUUAAAGAAUGGGGCAUCGGAAGGCAAGCGCCACAAACACCACAAGAGUUGUUCAACUUAAGACACACGAAGGCAGGGAAUGUCAUCGAACGAUCAUUUGCCGUGUUGAAGAUGCGAUGGGGUAUACUCCGAUCUGCAAGCUUCUAUCCAAUAGAUGUUCAAACCGGCCUGAUAAUAGCGUGUUUUCUGCUACACAAUUACAUACGAAGUCAAAUGGUGGUUGAUCCCAUAAAGGUUGAGUUGGGUAAUGAGGCCGACAAUGACGAAGAAAGUGACAACGAACACAUAGUCGGUGGUGAUCAUAUAAACAGCGUAGAACCAUCAGCAUCGUGGAACAAGAAAAUGGAUGAUCUGGCAAGUGCAAUGUGGGCCGACAGAAACCAUGGGUGA